AUGGAUUGUGGGUGCUCCUCUACUCGUCUGGUGCUGCUGGUGGUGGCUAUGGCUCUGCUGUUGGACGGUCUGAUGUUCAGUUCUUUUGUACCCAUUAUCCCAGCAAUCCUCUACUCCUUGAAGUAUCCAGAAAACAGCACAGACCGACCAUCUCUGUCCAACUACACAACAAGUGCACCUUUCCAGGACUCUGAAGCGGCCAUCACCCCCACGUCUGGCUCCAGCUCCAGGAGCAGGAACCCACAGCAGAAUCAGACCUCCAAUUCUUCUUGCUGCCAAAUUGAUGGAGAAUUGUUGCGACGUGAGAACUUCGAGGUGGGGGUUCUUCUUGGAUCGAAAACUGCCACUCAGCUCCUCACCAACCCUCUUGUAGGACCCCUCACCAACAGGAUUGGAUUCCACAUCCCCAUUUGUACUGGAUUCGUCAUCAUGUUCGUCGCCUCCCUCAUGUUUGCAUUUGCCCAGAGCUAUGCUCUGCUGCUUGUUGCACGAUUGCUGCAGGGAGUAGGAUCCUCCUUCAGCUCAGUGGCAGGUUUGGGAUUGCUGGCCACUGUUUUCCUUGAUGAUGUGAAGCGUGGUCAGGCUAUGGGCGUGGCUCUUGGAGGGCUGGGUCUGGGAGUUCUCUGUGGUGGUCCAUUUGCCAGUGUGAUGUAUGAGUUUGUGGGGACGAACUCCCCUUUCCUGGCUCUGGCGGCACUGGCUCUGUUGGGCGGAGCCCUGCAGUUCUGUAUUCUGAAACCGACCAAGAUCUCACCAGAGAGCAUUAAAGGAACAGCAUUUCUCACACUACUCAGAGACCCAUACAUCCUUCUCGCUGCAGGUGCUCUCUGCAUGGCUAACAUGGUGAUGACAGUUCUGGAGACCACUCUGCCCAUCUGGAUGAUUAUGACAAUGUCUGCUCCUCAGUGGAAGAUUGGUCUCUUCUAUGUCCCAGGCUGCCUGGCGUACUUAAUUUCCACAAACCUGUUUGGAAAACUUGGCGAAAGAAUUGGACGGUGGCUGUGCGCCGGGCUCGGGAUGAUCCUGAUGGGAAUCAUCGUCUGCUGUAUCCCACUGGCAAAAGACUUUGCGUCUCUGAUGGGGCCAAGUGCUGGAGUGGGAUUUUUCUUAGGGAUGGCACAGGUGUCUGUCGUGACGAUCUUAGGUCACCUUGUGGAUAUUCGUCACGUCUCAGUUUACGGCAGCGUCUAUGCCAUAGGGGACAUGGCUGUGUGCUUAGCCUACACUGUUGGGCCGCUGGCAGGAGGCGCUCUGGUGCCAGCGGUGGGGUUUUCAAACGUCCAGAUGAUAUUUGGAACCAUCUUAAUCCUGUUUGCACCACUCUGCAUCUUCCUGCGCAACCCCCCCACUACAGAGAACCGGGCCCUUGUGGACCAAGAGGUGCCCCCUGGAAGCUCAGACGUGGAUAAAGACCAUGGAGUUUCCACAGAGUGA